CAUUAGGACUAACUCUACAAUUAUUUUUUGUCAAGGAUUGUGAUUGGGUAUGAUGAAGGAACCAUUAUGGUUAAAAUUGGUCGCGAGGAACCAGUAGCUAGCAUGGAUAACAGUGGGAAGAUCAUAUGGGCUAAGCACAAUGAGAUCCAAACUGUUAAUAUCAAGAGUGUGGGAGCAGAUUUUGAGGUUACUGAUGGAGAGAGGUUGCCUUUGGCCGUGAAGGAGUUGGGAACCUGUGAUCUUUAUCCACAAAGCUUAAAACACAACCCAAAUGGGAGGUUUGUUGUUGUAUGUGGAGAUGGUGAAUACAUCAUUUAUACAGCUUUGGCAUGGAGAAAUAGGUCAUUUGGUUCAGCGCUGGAAUUUGUGUGGUCAUCUGAUGGUGAAUAUGCUGUCAGAGAAAGCUCCUCAAAGAUCAAGAUUUUCAGUAAAAAUUUCCAGGUUUUUUUACUUUCUUUUCAUUAAAAUAUUCUUUGGAUUAUUUAUUUAACAAAAAUUCUUUGGAUUUGCCCUUAUUGGAUAGUUGGGGGUUCCGUAGUGGACAUG